GUCAUUCUGGUGUUUUCAAAAUGGCGACUGUGAUCUUCAGAAAUCUCAAUCAGCCGCAGUCACUGCAGAAGAUAUCAAGAUGUUUCAGUCUUACAGCAAAAAAUAUGGCACAGACAAUGACUGUGAGAGAUGCAUUGAAUGCGGCAAUGGAUGAAGAGAUUGAGAGAGAUCCUAAAGUAUUCCUGCUCGGUGAAGAAGUUGCUGAAUAUGAUGGUGCCUACAAAGUUUCAAAGAAUCUCUGGAGGAAAUAUGGAGAUAAGAGGAUUAUGGACACACCUAUCACAGAGAUGGGGUUUGCUGGAAUAGCAGUUGGUGCAGCUAUGGCAGGUCUAAAGCCAAUCUGUGAAUUCAUGACCUUCAACUUCUCAAUGCAAGCUAUAGACCAGGUUAUAAAUUCUGCUGCAAAGACAUACUACAUGUCGGCUGGAAAAGUUCCAGUACCAAUAGUAUUUCGAGGACCAAAUGGUGCGUCAGCUGGUGUGGCAGCCCAGCAUUCUCAGUGUUUCGCUGCAUGGUAUGGUAGCUGUCCCGGACUCAAGGUUGUCUCCCCUUACUCCUCUGAAGACAGCAAAGGUCUGCUGAAAUCUGCCAUUAGAGAUCCAAACCCAGUGAUAGUUUUAGAAAACGAGAUUCUGUAUGGUGCAGGUUUUGAAAUGUCCGACGAAGCAAUGAGUAAAGAUUUUCUAGUUCCAAUUGGAAAAGCCAAAGUAGAAAGACAAGGCAAACAUUGUACAAUAGUGGCCCACUCAAAGUUUGUUGGUACAGCGCUAAGUGCUUCAGAUGAACUGGCAGGUAUUGGUGUAGAAUGUGAGGUAAUCAAUAUGCGGACAAUUCGUCCAAUGGAUGAGGAGACCAUUAAUAAAUCAGUGAUGAAAACAAACCAUCUUGUGACUGUAGAAGGAGGCUGGCCGCAGUUUGGUGUUGGUGCAGAAGUAUGUGCCAGAGUUAUAGAAGGUCCAGCCUUUAAUUUCUUAGACGCUCCAAUCCUCAGAGUUACAGGCGCGGAUGUUCCAAUGCCGUAUAAUAAAACUUUAGAAGAAAAUGCUCUACCACAAAAUGUUAAUGUAAUAAGAUCUGUGAAAAAAGUCCUCAAUAUUAAGUAAAAUUUUGGCAGCAAAUUAGACUUAGACAGAAUGGUAGAUUUUGGACUGAAAAAUUAAAAAUUCUGAUGGUUUAUUGUGAAAGAAACUGCCUGUGUUGUGUAUGUCUUGUGGAGAUUUUUAAAAAUAUGAAGAACUGAAGGUUUAGUAGAAUUUCGUUACUGAUUGGUUGGAAAAUCCUGUUUGAUUUCUUUAAGAAAAUUUUAGAGAAGAAUUUACUUUUGCACUCUUAAGAACUUUUGAACCUCGUUCCAGCGACAUCCGAAGUUAGGACGAAGCUUAAGUGCUAUAAGUUAUAACAUAAAUUCAAGAUAUAGAAUGAAUUUUU